GUUGCUGCCCUCGACGAUGAUUUGUAAGAUUCGGUCACUUUGGUUUGACUUCGGUUUGAAGUUCUAAUUUUUUAAUAAUUUAAUGCUGGAACAUUAAUUUAUAGGAUCAUAAGUUGACUCAGAUCAUCGGGAUGGCAGAAAGCGAGGAAGUCGGAGCAGAGAAAGUACGGGGCAGAAAAGGCAGCAUGGAUGUUCCUCCAACAAUUUCUGACUUAAGGCUGGUGCUUGUUGGGAAGACUGGUGUAGGAAAGAGUUCCAGUGGAAACACCAUAUUAGGAAGAGAAGCCUUCAGAGCAGCAACCAAACACUCCUCAGAGACCGCUGAAUGCUCCAAACAACGAGAAGAAGUGUUCAACCGGAUGGUUUCUGUUGUCGACACUCCCGGCCUCUUUGACACCUCUCAGUCUGAUGAAAAAGUGAAGAGAGAAAUCUCAAAAUGCAUCAACAUGUCGGCUCCUGGUCCCCACGCCUUUCUGCUGGUGAUCAGAAUCGGACCAUUCUCUAAAGAGGAGAGAGAUGCUGUGAUAAAGGUGAAGGAAAUUUUUGGAGAGGAAGCCUGGAAAUACUCCAUGAUCCUCUUCACACAUGGUGAUAAGGUGAAGUCGAGCUUUGACGAGAUGUUAAAGGAGGCUGGACCCGAAUUGAAGGAGAUCUUAGAGAAGGCUGGAAAUAGAUACCAUGUCUUCAAUAACCUCAGAGCUAACGAUCGUCGACAAGUUCUUGGUCUGCUAGAGAAGGUUGAGGACAUGGUGCAGAAGAAAGAAGGAAAGUUUUACUCUAAUGACACAUAUGAAAAGACAGUAGAUAUGCUGGAUCAGAAAGAGCGUGAACUCAAACGGUUCUAUGAGAAAAGACUGAAGGAGGAAGUGAAAGCCGUGAGGGCAGAGUACAAGCAGCUGCUAAGAGAAGCUCAACAGGAUAAAGAGAAGCUGGAGAAAAGGAUGGAAGCUGAGCUGAAGGAGUUGAAGCGUUACUACUCUGCCUUGGAGAACGGAGUGCGUCACGUUGUAGAGCAGCUGGCCAAAGAUGAUGAUGAUCAACUUCUGAAGAAGUUUCAUGAAGUCUUGAAACUGAACUGAAAAACAUAUGAAUGACUGGUUUGUUGGACACCUUUUAAUACUGAAUUAUUGGUGAUCCAGCUUUGUAAGUCAGAAUAAUCUUUGCAUGCAGAUAUUGGUGUAAUGUGUAUUAUGUACAUUCAAAUGUCACAAAAUACUAUUUAGAUGUUAUAUAACUUGUUUUCACAGAAAGGAAAAAUCUCGGUCCUGGAGGGCCGGCAUCCAGCACGUUUUAGUUCUCUCCCUGGUGGCACCAACAACCUUUUCAGCAUGUCAAUGUUCUUCUUAGGCCUUCUAACGAGCCAUCAUCUGAUUCAGGUGCAAUAAACCAAGGAGAGAAUUAAAACAUGCAGGGGGCCGGCACUCUAGGACCGAGUUUGGGGACCCCUGGUGUAAUGUGUAUUAUGUACAUUCAAAUGUCACAAAAUACUAUUUAGAUUUUAUAUAACUUGUUUUGACGGGACAAUAUACUGUAAUGCCCAAUUGUAUGUAUCAAGUAUGGUGAACUUGACACUUUACAUCACUUGAUCAUAAUUCCAUGAACCUAAAGUGAUUUUUUUUUAUAUUUACUCAUCAUUUUAUGAGUAAGAGUACACUUUGCUCUAAAAAGUUCUUGUUGUUAACUUUGUAUUAUUAAGAAGAAUUUUCUACAUUUCCAAGUACUUAAGUUCAGGCUUCCUUCACUUAUCAGUGGCUUACAGGUUUGUUGGAAGUAUCAUAGUGACUCGCUCCAACAACACAUUGUAUGCAUAAAAUACAGCUGCUCCUCCUCCUGUACAACAGAACUAGUUUUUGUGUCAAACUGCAUAUUUUGUGGAGAAGCAGUAAAAGCCCCAGUACAGAACUAAAAGAUUUUAUUAAGUUGUUUGAUUUCUUAUUACAAGAGUUGACAGCAAAAACAUUUACAAUAAAUAUUAAUUCAUAUUAAUUUAUAAAAGCAAAAAUAACAAUGUACAUAGAGUUAGAAUAUUGUUGAAAGUUUAUUUUUCAAGCAUCAAUGUUUCUGUCCUCUUAUUUAAGUAACUAGUCCUCCAUCAGCAAUCAGCUAGUAAGCCUAUUCUGGGAUUGAUUGGUAGAGGCUCCAUCCUUUAAUGCACCAUUGUCACUGCAUUAAACUGCAGCAUGAGAGAAGUACUCUGAUUAUUCUGUCUCUCACAUUUUCGUGGGUUUAAGAACAGGUCUUUGUCACCAGCACAGAUUGAACAAUGGAUACCUAAGCACAUACUCACACAAAGCCCUGCGUAUUUCCACAAAGCUCCUCCUCAGAGCAUCAGUCUCCAGCUGAGCUUCUGCUUCACGAAGCACACCUAGCUCCUCUGGUCUGGUGUCAGCAGUAAUUAGUAAACACCUGGUGGAGCUUUGAGUCUGCUUAACUCAUCAUGCUAACUACUUGUCAGACCAGCUUUUCAUCUACUAUUAUCAAGAGGGGCCGCCCCAUCCCACCAAGAAGAUCAAGAUAUAUAGUAACUAUCGAGGUUCACAGCUAAUUUUUAUUGAUUUUAUUGAUUUUCCAAUCACUGAACAGAUGCUUAGAACAGAUAAAUGUGUGGAUGUGCCAAAACUUCCUCCAGCUGAACAAAAACAAAACUGAAGUUAUUAUUUUUGGACCUAAAGAGGAACGAUCUAGAGUCAGUGCAUGAGGAGAAGCGUCAUUUAGCAUCUAUGCACCACAAAUUUGGAACAAACUUCCAGAAAACUGUAAAACUGCUGAAACACUGACUUCCUUUAAAUCUCAACUAAAAACCCACUUGUUUAGAGUUGUAUUCGAAACGUAAUCAAUCGCAAAUUUAUUGACAGAAUCUGACUAUGUUGUGUUUUUAUUGUUGAUUCUAUGUUACAUUGUAUUUUUGUGUUUGAUUUGAUGUAAAGCACUUUGAAAUGCCUUGCUGCUGAAAUGUGCUAUACAAAUAAAGUUUGAUUGAUUGAUUGAUUGAUUGAUUGAUUGAUCA